AUGCCUGUGGCGAUACAUUUUCUUCUUAAUCCACUUGAAGGUCGAGUAGAUGAACCACCGGAUUAUUUAAAACAAAAUACCCAAUUAUUACAUUUUGAGAGAUUACAAAAUCAUGAAUUCGACUCACAACAAAUGGCUAAUUUCUCACGACGAUUAACUAAUGUAGAAAACAAUUUACAACGUGUAACAACCGAUUUACAAGGUCUUAAAGAUAAUGUACUCGUAAUUAUGAAGGGUGUUGAAACAAUUGUAUCUCGUCUUUCUGUACAGGGUGUUCGUGCUAUUAUUGACGAUACAGAUACUGGUGUUGCAGUAUUGCCUAUUAGUUCAACUAUGUAUUAUACAGAUUUUUGGUCUUGUUUAAAAUCAAUUGAAGUGACCGAAGGUAGUGCAGGUUUGUACAAAUGUAUUGAAUAUGUAUUACUCAACUUUUCAUUAUUAUAUGGGUGUGGGGCGUGGUUGGCAAAUAGUGCCGUUAAAAGAAUUGUUUGUUGA